UGGUUUUUGCUCUCUAAAUUCACAAGUCAUGGCUUUCAUCUCAAAUACAUAAUUGACAACAGCAGCAGAGCAAAUCCCAUACAUCAUACCAAAGAUAUUUAUUAAAAAACAAAUAUAAAUAUGUAUGUACACAAUUACCUACUAACAAAAUUAUAAAUAUGUAAAAUAACAGUAAUAAAUUGAGAAAAGAUAUGCUGAAGACAAACAGUUUUUGCAGAUUAUUGAAAAUAGUCACAGACAACACAUAUUGCGGGGCACAUGUCAGGAAGUUUGCAUAUUUAAGCAGGAAGAAGUGCUUGCCUCAGUGCUUGGCGAGAGCUACGUGUUUGCACACGGGUCUGCUGCUGCGACAGAAGAAACGGUUGAGGAUAAAGAUAUCAACAUUUCACUCCGGUGAGAGUACGACAAAAGGGCAAAUGAUGGACGAGAGCCAGCCCACCGACAAUCAUGCCAGUUUCGGAGGAAAUUUUGAAGUUAGUGAUUCAUCAGGCGAAGACACGUCGAUUGUUGAACAGAAAUAUGAUUCUGAGGACGCGAAAUCCGAGCACCACAGGAGACCAACAAAGAUCCCACUCAACUUCAGGACCUGGGAGACUGUAGGGAAGAAGACCGAUUCGGACGAGACAACUUUUAGGUUCAAAGUGGUGUCUUACAAUGUACUAGCGCAGUAUUUGUUGGAGUAUCAUCCGUAUCUCUACAUUGAUUGCUCUCCGAGGAACUUAAAGUGGAAACACAGAUCUAGACGUCUCUACCAAGAAAUUCGCAGACUGUCACCUGACAUACUGUGCCUCCAAGAAGUUCAACUGUCGCAUCUUGAAACGUUCUAUUCUAAAUUCGAAAACAUCGGGUACCAAGGUGUCUUCAAACAGAAAACCGGAGACAGGCAGGACGGAUGCGCUAUUUACUUCAAGAAGUCUUUAUUUGAUUUGGACGAUCAAAUCAGCGUUGAGUUCUUCCAGCCGGAGCUGCCUAUCCUCAACCGUGAUAAUAUCGGUGUGAUUGUAAAAUUGUCGCCGAAGGAAUUGCCCGGGUCUUCCAUAGUCGUUGCCACAACCCACUUACUCUACAAUCCGAAGAGAACGGACGUACGACUAGCACAAAUAAAAAUAUUACUCGCCGAGAUCGAUAGAUUCGCUUAUUUCAACAAUGGGAGGGAGUCCGGCCAUUUUCCUGUUAUACUGACAGGUGAUUUCAACUCCACCCCAGAAAGUGCUGUGAUAAAAUUAUUAGAUAGAGGACGCGUUAGAGCGAGUUCACUACGAGACAAUUCGGAUUGGAAACGAAUCGGCGUCACCGAUAACUGCCAGCACUUGGCCGUUUAUUUAAACCGAGAACAGGGAUAUCCAUCGAAUUUCAACAAAAUUAAGAUACACAACUCGGAAUACGCUUUCGACUCGGCCGACGCGGACGAGAGUGAUUACUGGAAUGAUGCUCACAAUCGGAUGUUCAACAGUGACGUCAUAGGUCACUCCCUAAACCUGAUCUCUGUUUACAACAAGUUCAAGGCGGACGGGCAAAUGGAGGCCUCCACUUUCCAAGACCAUUGGGUCACGGUCGAUUACAUUUAUUUUAGCUGUUGCAGCGGUCUCCGUCUGCUCGAGCGUCUGCGGCUGCCGACGGCCGCGGAGUGCGGCGUGCUCGGUACGCUCCCGAACGAGGUGUACCCCUCGGACCAUCUGGCGACCGCGGCCGUGUUCGAGCUGAGGCGGUUCCGCUACGCCUCCUAACACGCACGCUUAUGUGAAGCCGCGACUGAGACACGUACGGACCGCUCAUUAUCAUUAUAUUGUAGAAUAUAUUCGAGGUUGAAUAGAUAAAAAAAACUACAUUUUUUUCAAAAGUAUUUCUAAGUAUCGAAGGAUAGUAUUAUGAAAAGCCAGUAAAUAAAAAAAAACUAAAAA